AUGGUGCUGAUGAAUGCUUUCAUCCUGCUACUGCUACAUCUCCACCUAUUCAUCAUCGCAGUUCAUCCCGAACCUGUCACUAAUCAUCCGGAGUCCGCAAUUAUCCCCACAAAUCCACGAUCAAACUCGAAAGUCCAUUUACGCAAGCAUAGCGCCACUUCCCACUACGGUAUUUACGCUGCAAAUCGUUCCAGUUGUCGAUUUAAAGGGCCAAUGAUCCCGUGCGAAUGUCUACUUGAAGUCUCUGAUACCUAUUAUCUGGAAGAGAACGAUGAACGGAUAGCAAUGUUCGCUGUGGGACCCCCGCACAUAGAAAUUCAUGUGCCUUCACAUCAUGAUAUGCUGCAUGAACUAGAUGUGCAAAUUGUACCCAAAUUAUGCGUGAAGGAGAAGUUUACUGUAAAAUUACUGUAUCGACCUGAGCAGCUGCUACCGGAUGAGACGUGGAGUACGGUAGCUACAGAAUCUACUAUUCUUCAUAAUGAGUUGGUGGAUAUUGUGUUUCCAUGCGAGAAUUUUGCAAAUGCUGGAAUCUACAAAAUUGCUUUGGUUAACUCCGUUGGAUACGAAAUAGAGGAUGUGCAAUGGAUUCGGGUGAAUGGAAGUGCGGGAGUUUCACUGGAAUUGAGAAACGAUAGCAUUUUUCCACAUUGUACGAAAGAUUUGGCCGUAAAAUGGAAGACGACACAAUGUGAAGCGGCUCGACUCAGCUAUCGCAUACGAAUUUUGGCCGUUCCCGAGGGCAGCUCUAAUCAUGAGCAUCGUUCACAUUAUAUUGAGGAAGUCGACGUCACUCAUGAGCAAGCCCUUCUCAGCAUUCCUUGCUCACAAUUCGACAUUUACUACGUGAAAUACUGUUUCGAACUGGUUUCCGUAGAAGCCAAAACGUCCGUCUUCCAUCUCUGGCGAACAACAUGCGUAAAUACAGAGCCAGCUGUUGCCGCCAAUGCCACAUGGUCCGGAUGGUCACAAUGGUCGGAAUGUUCGGCGACUUGUGGUGAAUCCACGCAGAAACGAUACCGGUUCUGUGAAAAUCCAGAGCCUAAACGAGCCCCGGAUUGUGUUGGCGAUAUGAUAGAGACAAGGCCAUGUGUGGUACCGGAGUGCCCAGGAAGACUCAAAGCUCAGCCGUUGCUCGCAAAUUGUUCUUGUGGUUGUGUACUCAGUGGAACUUCUGGAUCAUUCUUUGCCACAGCAGCAGAUGCUCAGGUUUGUGCUGGAAACCAAACAUGGUCGAUGCCUGCUCGUCACAAUAAAGCUGUCGCCGAUUUCAAAGUUGUCACUGAUGAAGAAGCUCCUGGAAAAUUGUUCUUUUUCUUAAGAGCUCCAUAUGAGGAGCUGGUUUGGUUUUCUGGCUCGAAUCAAGAUCAGGCAUUCACUUUACGGUUGGAUCGAGCAAUUUUUAUUGUAUUAUGGUACAAAGGGAACAAUUCUGAGAUGGAAAGAAAAGGAUACACGAUUUCUUAUUCAACUAGAGAAAUCACUACCCAAGUGCCGACUCGUACCUCACAAACAUGUCAGCCGCUCUGCCCAGAAACUGUGAUCAUCGUUCUUCUCUGCCUUCUCUUUCUCUUUAUCAUCUUCAUACCUCCAUUCUUCUGUGCUGCCAUGACGAAACGAUUACGAAGGCGAAGCUGUCACGAACGUCCGCUCAUCGAUAAAGUCUAUGAUAAUGAUAUGAUUCGAUCGGGGAAUACCGAAUGUACACAAACAAGUGGAGAAAAGCCGUCGGGAUACACAGCUCAGAGGAGUAUUGGAAUUCAGCUGAGCGUGCAGAGUACACCAAGAUGUGCCCGAACAUUCCUACCCACCGAUUCGCCCACUCCUCAUGGAACGACCAACUCAACCGCAGAUGAGCUGGAAUACGACUAUUACGAUGGCACAACGAUCCCUGGAUCCCUGCUGGCUCCAGUGAAUGACUACUUGAUGUGUGAAAUUGAAAUUGAUCAAAUUAUAGCCCAAUCGUCGUUGUACUCAAAACCGGUCGACACUCAUGACGUUUAUACUCAGCAAAUUUUGGAUGUCGAUGAGAAAAAUCAGCUUGUUUCUCUUAACGCUUGGCUUAGUUACACCUGGCACGACUACAGUCUGGGAUGGGAUCCAGAAAAAUACGAUGGCAUACAGGAUAUUCGUUUUCCUGGUUCAGCUGAUCACAUCUGGAGGCCGGACAUUUUACUGUACAACAGCGCAGCUGAAGACUUUGACUCCACUUUUAAGAGCAAUCUGCUAGUCUAUUCCUCUGGUGAUGUUAACUGGAUACCACCUGGUGUACUGAAAUUCGUUUGUAAGCUGGAUGUCACAUGGUUUCCGUUCGAUGACCAGGUGUGUUACCUAAAAUUUGGCUCAUGGACCUUUCAUGGCUAUGCCUUGGAUUUGGUGAUUGACGCGGAAAGCGAAAAUCUAAAUCACUCAAUGGAUCUAUCAACAUAUGUUGUGAAUGGUGAAUGGACAAUUGUGAGUUCACCAGCUGUUCGAGAAGUUACCUACUACAAAUGUUGUCCGGAACCCUACCCAACUGUCAAAUUCUAUCUGCACUUACGUCGACGCACUUUGUAUUACGGUUUCAAUCUCAUUAUUCCGUCAAUUUUGAUCUGUGUAAUGACCGUGUUUGGAUUCUCAUUGCCACCUGAUGCUGGAGAGAAAAUCACCUUACAAAUGACCAUUCUACUGGCGAUUGUUUUCUUCCUAAGUAUGGUAUCCGAAAUGACUCCGCCUACCUCCGAUGCUGUGCCAUUAAUAGGUGUUUUCUUCUCGUGCUGUAUGCUGGUAAUCUCCGCAUCUGUUGUUUUCACUGUGCUCAUCCUAAAUCUUCACUUCAGAUCACCUGACACCCAUCGGUUCAGCCCAAUGGUUCGACGAGUUUUCCUUGAAUGGUUACCGUGGCUUUUGUGUAUGUCACGACCGGGCUAUACAUUCGUCGGCGGCAAAGCGAUCAUCGAAGAUCCACCUCAACCACGUUUGAAACCUGAACAACUGCACAAAAACCCACUACUAAUGCUGAAUCCAGUCGCUGACGCACAACUCACCUUACUGCAUGCCAUCUAUGCGGAAGUUAAUGAGGUACGAUGA